GUUCUUCACUUUCCUUGUGAUUUGCCUGCUUGUCCUUAACUUUACAGCAAUUGAAUAUAAUUGGUAGAACUUAAGAAACUGGGAGUUUGCCAUCAUGCAUAGAACUACCAUGCAUGUGGUUAUCUUAUCCAAUAAGGAACAUAUAAGCACAAGCCCCACCCUACCCCAAAACAAAUCACAUGCAAUAGAAAUGUGUUCCAGGUGGUCCUAUUCUUCUCACCUGUCUUAGGCAUUUCACUGGGGGAAAAGGAAAAGGUUACAAAGUUAGUAUGUAUAACAAAGGCAUUAAUUCCCUUAAAAGGGAAGAGACAAGUACCGUAACAGUAUAUUGUCUUUAUAUUUUCCGUUUGUAGGAUAUUAAGAGUAAAUUGCAUAAUUUUCUUUAUUGAGGAUUUAAUUUUUGAAAGUGUAGAAGGCUGUACUUAUUAUUGUGGCAGAAUGCUAAUUAAAAAGGCCACAAGAAAAUGAUCAAGGUAUAUUUUAAACUGGACUGGUUGAAGAACAAGAAACCCAUGAAUUUACAGGCUUUUAAGUUCUGUGAAACCAAUAAGUAAGCUACCACGUGCGUCUGAGUGCAGGUAGUUAAUGACUGUCAAUCUGCUGUUCACAGGAUUUAUUUAUUUAUUUAAUUUUGUCAUAAUAUACACAAACAUAACAAAAGAUUAUAUAAUAUAUAAACAUAUAUAUGAGGAGAAACAAGGUAGUAUAAGCAUAUAUAUAUAUAUAUAGGGGAAGAAACAAUAGGACAGGAACGGUAGGAACAUUUGUGCUCUUAUGCACGCCCCUUAAGAGUCCUCCUAGAAAUGUGGUGAGGUCAACAGUGGAUAGAUUUUUAAUAAAGCUUUUGGGGUUAUGAGAAGAGACCACAAAGUCAGGUAAUGCAUUCCAAGCAUAGACAAUUCUGUUACAGAAAUCGUGUUUUCUGCAAUCUAAACUAGGAUCUCCUAGUUUGAUUUAUGGACUCUUAUGAAUUUGGGUGUACGGGCUCAUGUGCACUGCAGCCCUUUUUACCUAUUAUCCCCGUCGGAGAGAAUGUUUUGUCUUUUGCUCAGAAAAGCAAAACUUCGUCUUCCCCUCCGUUUUCUUUUUCGGAAAGUGAAAAGGUCGAAACGACUUCGCCCAUUUAAAUACCUUCUCUUGAGAGGAUGAGCACGAGUCUGGAGCUGGACCGUACGGAACGACAAGACCCUGCGUUUCCAAAAGACACCGCUGCCCUGCGUGCACAGCCACAGGCGAAGCGCUCGGGGGUGGGUUGGUGUUUGUACUCACAGAGAGGAGGUCAUCUGACCCGGAACCAGCGCGUGCCCUCCAGGCUCCGCCUCAGCUCGAGACACCCGCUGCUCUUCUCCCCCUCCCCGCCCAACGGCUCUUCCUCCGCAAAUUAGAGCAGGCGCUCGUCAGCGUAAUGGAAGGGAAAAGGCGGGAAUCUGGCGAGGGGAAAGCUGAUACAUUUAUCAAGAGGAAAACUGCUCUAGGACGUGUUUCCAUUGAGAUGAAACAUAGCCAGUCUGAAAUUUUAACUGUACCUACGGAAAAUCAUCUAAUUCUUGCUGGAAUUUCCAGGACAGAUAAAGGACUUGCAUUUAGCUCUGAAAACCAUAAGAUUGAUUUACUAAAUAAACCAGUUGAAAAGGGAGCCCUUUGUAGUCAAGAUACUUGUUCAAAUUGCUCAGGUGAAACUGCAGUUGAUCAUUUGAAACAUACACUUAACAGGGAAAAUGAAAAUGCAGUGCUAGAAGUAAAAAUGCAGCCAUCUACACAAGAUUAUUGUGAUGAAGACCUUGGAAAAUAUGAAAAAGUAUCUGAAGAGGCUCCUUCAGAAGCAACAAGAUGUGCAUAUUUACCAGAACUGCAGUUACAUUCAUACAGUGUUCAAUUUUCUUCAUUAAUGACACAAGAUAGAAAUGCUGUACUAUCUCUUGGUACCAGCACUCCUGAUGGAACAAUCAGUACAAAUGCAGAAAUUACACCAGUACUGAGACCUUUAUUAACUCCUUCAAAUGCAAAUAGCACUAUUUCUUGUGACCAAAUCAAAGGGAUUGUUAAUUAUUCUACAGUGUCACAAUCCUUAUCAGGCUGCUCUGAUGUAGAAUCUUGCAAUGGUAUAUGUAUUUCACCUCAAGAUGCAGAUCCUGUUUAUGAUACAUUUAAUGAGAUCAAAGAGACAGCUGUAAGCCUUGUAGUAAAUAAUACCGAAGAAGGUGUUUUUCAGAGUUCAAAUGGUGCUGAGGCAGGCCACAAUCUGGCAGCUGCACAAAAUGCUGUGGAGGAACCCACUUAUUCACAGAAAAAUUACUCUACUCCUCAAGUGAUAAUAUGUCAGUUGAAAAAUGGCACUCAUAUACUUUGUGUAAACAAUACUGAGACAAGAGAAUUGAAAGCUAUUCAUUUGGUUCCCCAGUAUCAAGAACAGCAUGCAAGCAACUCGGUAACCUCUGUACUUGGGCAGUUUUUGCCAGUUGCAGGUAAACUGAAUACCUGUGCUCAAGAGCUUGAUAAUGGAUCCAUACAUACAAACAAUUCAGAUCUGACUUUUCAGGAGCCAACAAAACUUACUUUAGUUGGGUUUCCUUGUGCUUCCUGGGAUACAAAAUCAAAGAAGCCAUGCAACUGCACUAAAUCACAGUGCCUCAAACUAUACUGCGAUUGUUUUGCCAAUGGUGAUUUCUGUAGUAAUUGCAACUGUAAUAAUUGUUAUAACAAUCCAGAGCAUGAAAUAGAACGGUUUAAGGCUAUUAAGGCUUGUCUUGACAGAAAUCCAGAAGCUUUCCUGCCAAAGAUUGGAAAAGGAAAACUUGGCGAUAUUAAACCAAGACAUAAUAAAGGUUGUAACUGUAAGCGUUCAGGGUGCCUAAAAAAUUACUGUGAAUGCUUUGAGGCUAAAAUUAUGUGCUCAUCUAUCUGCAAAUGUAUUGGAUGCAAAAAUUAUGAAGAAAGCCCUGAUAGAAAAACAUUAAUGAAUAUGCCAGUUCAAAUGGAAUUUAAAACCAAUGAAGGAAAUGAUUCUGAAUCAUUUUCUGAAAUAUUAAAAACCAAGAAAGAAAGACAAUCUAGUACGUGUAUAUCUUGGGAGGUGGUUGAGGCAACAUGUGCCUGUCUUCUUGCUCAAGCUGAAGAGGCAGAAAAACAAGAUUACUCCAUUUGCUUAGCUGAACAAAUGAUCCUAGAAGAAUUUGGGAGAUGCUUAUCGCAGAUUCUUCACUCUGAAUUUAAAUCCAAAGGAUUGAAAGUAGAAUAAUGUGUUUUACUUGCAGUGCUAAAGUAUUGCUUGAAAUUAUUUUAAAUUUGAUAAAAUAUAUACAGUAACCCACUUAGUUUAUUUUCUAAUUCUAUUUCUCCUGCUUUUAUAUUAUCGUGAUUGAUAAUUAUUUUGUUCCAAAUUAGCAGAGCAAUGAAAAGUUCAGCUGGAUUAUUCUACAUUUAAAUUAUUUUUUAAAUGAAUUCCUAAUAUGGUCUGUAUGUGUGUGCAUAUAAAAUUUCUUUACUCUUACUUUACUCUCCUUGUUCAGUACUCAGUGUCUGACUAAAGAUGAACUAAAACUGAAGAAGUACAAGGUUCCUGUUUUAAUGUUCAAUUGUUAGAAUGAAAGGAACUGUUUUCCAUUUGCUUUAUUUAUUAUAACAAUGGCAUAUA